AUGACGGCGAAAUUCUUCGAAAAUUGCAAACAUAGUCCAAAUCCAAUCAUAAAAAGCCUAGGAAGAAUCACAUCAGACAUGAUAUGGACAGAAUCUAUUCUAUGUAUGCCUAUUUUCAUCCGAGGAUCAAUAAUUGGAGUAGUCCAAAUGGUGAAUAAGCAUACUGGAACUUUCAACUCCGAAGAUGAGGAAGCUUUUGAAAUGUUUGCUGUAUAUUGUGGGCUGGCCCUUCAUCAUGCAAAAUUAUACGACAAUCAAAAGAUCAGAACAAAAUAUAGAGUUGCUUUGGAGGUUCUAAGUUACCACAACACGUGCACAGAAGACGAAUUUAAUAAAGCAAUAGGAAUUCCAGAAUACGUCCCCGAUUUAGACGACUACUACUUCGACCCCUUCAAAGUGGAUGAUUAUCAGAAGGCUAUAAAUGCAAUGUCAAUGUUUAUUGAUAUUUUUGGUUUGAAUCGAUUUGAGCUGAACAGUCUUAUAAGAUUCACUCUGACCGUAAAGAAAAAUUAUAGGAGGGUUCCGUACCAUAAUUGGACGCACGGAUUUUCUGUUGCCAAUACGAUGUAUUGCAUAAUUAAACAUUCGCGGAAUGUCUUUAGGCCAAAUGAGUGUCUGGCUAUGUACAUUGGUGCACUCUGCCACGAUUUGGAUCACAGAGGCAAAAACAACAAAUUCAUGAUGGAAAUGGAAUCACCUUUAGCCGCUAUUUACAGUACAUCAACCAUGGAACAUCAUCAUUUCAAUCAGACUGUCACGAUAUUACAACAGGAAGGCCACAACAUUUUUGCCAAACUGACCAGUGGCGAAUACAAAUACGUUCUGAGUCAUCUAAAACAUUGCAUUUUGGCGACGGAUCUUGCUCUAUUUUUCCCAAAUCGGGAAAGAUUAAGCAUGCUUUUGGCAGAAGACAACUUUUCCUGGAAUAUGCCAGAACAUAGAAUGUUGGUUCAUGCUUUAUGUAUGACUGGGAGCGAUUUGUCCGCCAGUGCCAAACCUUGGGACAUCCAGGCGGAAACUGUUAAAGUUAUAUUUGAAGAAUUUUAUCAACAAGGUGAUGCCGAAAGGGCAGCAGGUCGCCAGCCGAUGUCUAUGAUGGAUCGGGAGCUACCUGAAGAACAACCUGGGUCUCAGGUAGGUUUCCUGACAGGAAUCUGCAUACCUUGUUACAGCAUUUUGGCCAGAUUGAUUCCGGAAACUAAACCAUUGUUGACACAAUGUCAAAAGAAUCUAAAUCGGUGGCAGGAACUCACUGAGGAUGCUAAGGCACAAAAGGCUGAAAAAUUUAAAAAUUCGGAUGAGAAAUGAUAGAGGAUAAUGCAAAUAUGAUAAAAACAAGUAGCAAGAUGAACCUGAAGGAAC